AUGGCGAGGACGUCCGCGCCGCCCAGGAUCCGGAGGGGGACGGAAAUGCGCAGGAGUCGGCACCAAGCGAUACGAGCUCGCGGAGCGCAUUGGGCGCACAACGCGCACCCCGUCUUCGUCCUCCGUCUCGAGACGCUGCCCACGGAGAUGGGCGUCGCCGUGCGCACGGCAAGCAUAGGACAAUCUGCAAGCGCCGAUGACGACGCGCCUGUUUGGGCCCUGCGGACCGGCGAGCCCCGGACGCCGGAACACCCGCAGGCUGGAGGCGCAGGUGCUACGCUCUCUCCUGCUCUUCGUCCACACCCUCGCGCCUCUUCCCUGGACGCGGGCGACGCGCUCUCGUUUCUUCUCAGCGGUCCUCGCGUGGUCAACCCUGCGGUCCAGCCAUCUCGCUGGCCCUUGACAGCAUCGGCUCCUUCGCCACCUGUCAUCGAAUCUAGCUCGGGCCCCUCUGACCUCCGGUGCCGCUCAGGACUGUCGGCCGCCUCGUCAGUGAACACCCACUCUCCGCACUCAUACGACGGGCUGGGAAUUUCGAGCGAGAGCGUAGGGUCGGCGGUGGCUGAGGCCAAGGGUGAGUCCACAGCUGCGCCCUCUCCCCACACCGCGAUCAACGCCUACCCCAGUGCCCUGGGGUUGAUAUCGACUGCUUACCGUCGCAAUCGCCGCUUCCUCUCAGACUUUGGUCACCGUCGGCAGGCGAUGUCAGUCGUCGAGGCGCAUGUUCAAUGCCUCAUCGAAAUACAAGACGUUGUCAACACUCAAAUACUCAUGAGCGUCGACCUGUUCAACUACGUCGCUCGUGAACCCUUGGCGGGUGCGCUCGAGAAGCGACCCAGUGUUAACGGGGUCUCGCGCGCGGACGAGACCCGCUGGGACAACAAUGUGUUUCACGCGUUCCCACCUAUAGCUUCUCGCCUCCCCGGGUCGAGUGCUGGUCUAUCACGGGGACAAUACUGCUUGCAACCAGGCCGCGGACCCUAUUGGCAGCUCGAGCACGGAUCAUCGAUAUCGCAGGAUCCUCUCUGCGCGAUCGUAACUUCUCGCGUUUGCGGCUGCUCCGGGGUCUUAUCCUCGCCCGCUCUUGGGGAGAUCUUCACUGCCUUCCGCCACUCGGCCUCUGUCCCACAGCAACACCGUCGAACAUGCCUGGACCGGUCAAACCCACGAGACGAAGGACCGCUCGGCCAGUCUACUACCAAGAGCCUCCCACGUGCACAUGGCAAGACGAUCGUCUCGAACAAGGACUGUGCCGCGGAAGAAGUCGAGGCUUCUACUCGCGUUGCGAUACUUGUGAAGGACAACACCCCCGUGCUCCUCCACUGCUCAUCCGGAGUCCGGCGGACCGGCGGCGCUCUCAGCGAGGCCCCCACCGACGCGAUAGAUCUCGAUCCCCCGGCUCCAUCCAACUUCCCAGCCACGAAGGACGACACACAGCCCACGGUUCCGGUCUCUGUCUGCGACUGCGAAGUCGACUCCAUGGAUGUCAACGCCCGCUCCCCUCCGGCCCCUGUCUCCUCCGAGUCCCACACGUUACCGAACCUGCCCGACGCGGUCCGGCCCCCGACACUGGAGGCUUCGCCCGAGCUCGUGGAGGAGGUCCGUCGCGCGGCGAUGGGCGUGUUGCCAGCUGCCCUCCGCGCAGACGUUGCCCCGUUCUGCCCGUCAAGGACCAGCCGCACGUGUUCGAGCGGUGGCAACAGCGGCUGCUCCGCGGGUCGGAGCAGUGGGAACACGCGAACCUCCCGUCCGGCGGCCAAGCUCGCCAGCGAUGAGCUCGUCCGGGCUCCGUCAUCGGAAGGACGGGGAGGUUGUUCCCGUCCCUCGUCGACACCGCCCGUGCCGUCAGCGAGCGAUACGGCUUCUAGCUCCUCGACACCGCCGCAGGCCGAAGCACCUUUGUCCUCGGACCUGUCGUUCGCCGCCCAGCCGCAACGGGUCCACUCCUGGUGGUCCGAAGUCCACUCGUCGAAGGAGGGGCACUCGCACCUCCAGUGCUCGCCGCUGCCGCGGGCCCUUCCUGCCCCGCUUCCGUCCUUCUCCGCCGACGCCAACAAUCCGUGA